AUGUCCUGGGACUCGAAGACAGAUGAUGCCCAAGUACGGAUGGUCAUGGACUCCUUGGUGAGGCGCUUGGCAGAAGACCCCGAAGACUUCUGCUGCCCCAUCUCUCUGUGCCUUAUGGAGGAUCCAGUGCUUGCGGAGGAUGGCCGAACCUACGAAAGAAAGUCCAUCCAAGAAGCCCUACGACAUCGGCUGGCAAGCCCUUUAACCAAUCUGUACAUGGGGAGACGACUUGUCCCGGACAGUAAGACGAAGACGGCAAUUGUUGAGUUCAAGGAAAAAGUGGUUGAGGACAUCAUGUCGCAUGUCCCCUGCAUGUCUCCACUCCAGGCUUUGAAGCUUCUCUUUCGAGCCGAAGGCUUUGUUCGGGAGAGGCUGCCCGAUCCGGCCGCAAAGGACGCGCUCAUCACAAUCCUGAUGCUCAGGGCACGCUUGCCGAGUCCCCUCCGUGGUGAUGCCAUCUCAGAAUUGACGACCAUGUGCGCAGAUCCUGCAGUCGACCUCAAGAAGGUGGUGGAAAGGCUCCUUUGCAAGCUCGGUCUGAAGUCCUUGCUUGCGGAGCUCGAUGACCAAACGGUUGCGAGGUUCUGUCUGGCGGCGCAUGUCGCCCCAAAGUCUGCUUGUUGCCACGCGAUUGACCGGGAACAGGUGUGCAGGCUCGCUGUUCACUCAGAUGAGCAAGAGGGUGCCCGAAAGUUGUGGAAGUUUGUGAAGACACGUGCCGCAUGCGGAAACCCGGAAUGGGUGAUGGCGGCAGGGCUGGUUUUGGCAGCUCGCUAUAGCAUUCUCGGAGUCCCAGGUCCGCUUCCCUGCGUAAUCUCCCGGAAGGCCGUCGAGUACAUGCAGAAUCCUGCAAUGGGCUUGUCGGAUGCUAAGAACUUCUUCCGCCUUUCACUGGACUUCGACGAUCCGGUUGAAGGUAGGGCAGAGGCGCAGGUCAAGCUCUUGUUGGACAUGUGUUCUCAACAGGAGGACGAAAGGGAUCGACAGAAACUGUUACUGGAGGCACAUUAUGUUGAUCCCAGAGAUGCAGAAGUGUUGAAGCAGCUCACGCAGUGCUUUACACAAGAGUUGGAGUCCAAGGGCAAGAUAGAGAAUGAGGAUGCCUUCAUCAGCUUCCUCCUUGGCGUGCAUGGUAGCAUCCCAGAAGAGUUUCUCUCCAAGCUUGGUUUCGACGACCGCACCAUCCGCGCACUGGCGGUGGAGCCUGAGCUGGUGGUGAAACUCGCGGAACAGCUCCAGUCUUCUGGACGCGGCAAAGAUGGGGCGAAGAUUUUGAUGACGAUGAGCGAGGAGCUGGAGGAGGACGGAUCUGCAAGCAGCCAGGUGAAAUCUCAGCAGGCCAGCUUACAGGCGUACAACAUGAGUGGCUACAGCCAGGAAGCUCUUCAUCUAGUUUUGAGCAUUCUCAGCCGCAGGCUCAUGCAGAUGCAGCUUGAGUGCCGAGAGAUGCAAGCCAAGUGUAGUGAGCAGGAGGAUUGUAUUGAACGCUUACGAGACGAGCAGACUCAGCUGCGUAGCUACCAGCAGCCCAUGAUGACGAUUGAAUGGGAUAUCUCUAGACGAGAGCUCUCCGCAUUGACCAAGGGACUUUCAGUGAAUAGCCCACCGUUCGAGAUCGCCGCUACAGGACUAUCUGCUUGGUUUCAGUACUUCCCGCAAGGGGCGACUUCUGCGGAGGACGGAUUUGCAUCGUUGUACCUUUUCGGAGACAAGGACUCCAUCAUCGAGUGUGACCUCUCAGUGGGUUCGGAGCGCAAGACCAUGGAGAAUUCUCCCGUCACCCCAGGCGGAACCGGACGGGGUUGGGCCAACUUCGUGAGGAUCGGGGCGCACAAGAAGAUUUCGAUCAUCGUCUACUCAGUCAAGUCCUUCGUGCGAUCCGAUCUCAUGUACAUCCAUUACUAG